UCGAAUUGGAAAAGCUAAAUGACAUGGUAAAGUCGUCUGACGUAGCAAAAGGUGACCUGAUCACCAUCGUCUCUGGAGGAGUGAGAGGAUACGAGGAAGUUGAUGUCAUUAGCAAGAUGAUGAAAAAAUUGAUGACCGACGAUUUAUUGUCCAAAUAUAGUCUAAAAGGAAUGCAGAAAAAGCUUUCGUUAUCUACGCUAGCGGAUAUAAAAUAUGUCCUACACAGCGGUGCGGCAAUUCUGAUGAGCCCUUUGACACCUGACCACUCAAAAAUUGAUGACGGAAUCUCGAGGGAGUUGACUAAGGCCGGCGAUCGUGUGUAUAAAAGAAAUAAGAAACAGCCAGUCACCAACAACCUGCCCUCGCCAUCAUCACAGAAUUAAUUUACAAAUAAUUAGUUUAUUUUUUGUUAUGAUCACAAAAGUAAUAAAAUUAUUUAAAAGGG